UGCCUGUCUCUCUCUCUCUCUCUCUCUCUCUCUCUCUCUCUCUCUCUCUCUCUCUCUCUCUCUCUCUCUCUCUCUCUCUCUCUCUCUCUCUCUCUCUCUCUGUUGCUCUCUCUCUCUCUCCCUCUCUCACCAUCUCUGCAUCUCCCUUGCUCACAAGCUAUUCUACUAUUCUGUCGAAAUCCCAGACGUUUGUCUCAAAUACUUGUCUACCUCCUACCUAUUUUUAUGAUAUUUUUUCCCUGUGAUCUUAUUUGUAUUCACUCUAUUCUCUCUCGCUCGCUCUGUCUGACUGCGUCUCUGGACAAUGCGAGUUAGUCUCUUGGGGUAACCAGUGAUGGAGGAGUCAAUUGGAAACAGGGAAUGGCUGGCAGUGGAAGUGGGAGUGGAUGUGGAUGUGACAGGAUUUCCAAAAGCCCCGUAACCCCUUUCCUCAUAGAUUUUCUUGCUAUUUCAUGAGCAGUAAUAACCAUUUGAAAACAUAUUCAUCGUUGCUUGCUAUCAUUGUGUGUGUAUGUACGUGUGUGUGUGUCUGUGCCUUUUUCUGAGUGUGUGCUUGUAUACACAUGGGAGCAUGUGUGUGUGUGUGCGUGUGUGUGGGGGGGUGUGUGUGAGUGUAUGUGUGUGUGAGUGGGUUUGUGUGCAUGUGAGUGUAUGUUUAUGUGAGUGUGUUUGUGUGUUUGUGUGUGUGUGCAUGUGUGUGUGUUUUUUGGUGAUGUGUGCAUGUGUGAGUGUACGAGUGUGUGUGUGUGUGUGUGUGUGUGUGUGUGUGUGUGUGUGUGUGUGUGUGUGUGUGUGUGUGUGUGUGUGUGUGUUAUUGUCUCCCUCUCUCUCCCCCCCUAGACAUGGAAUACACUUGGCUCUACUCCCUGUGCCAGUGCCUCCUCUCUGUCUCUCUGAUCGUGGUGAGCGUGAGGUUGUGCAUGGCCCUGGCCGGCUCCCGCUCAGAGGCCCGGUCCCGGGACGCAGCCAGGGGCUCCGGCCACAACAAGGGCAUCGUCUCCUCCAGCCUCCGCCUCUGCCUGGGCUGGGUGGGCGCACUUGGAGGCGCACUGGAGGUGCCUGCGUUUGUGCUGCUGGACAUGCGCUCCCCGCGCUGCCUGUACACGUGCAUGAUCCUGGUGUGCUGCCCUCUGCUGGCCAGGCAGUUCACCGUGUGCCUGCUGCUGCUGCUCAGCCUGGACGGCCACCUGCAGCAGCGCCUGGCCGGCCGGUAUUCCCUGGUGGUCACCCGUCGACGGGCCCUGUGUGUGGUUCUGCUGUGCUGGAUGGGCUCAGUGGUGUUCUCCUUCUCCCAGUUGAUGGGAUCAGGAAUGCUGUACACCUGGAGCGGUGCAGCCGAUCCAGAAGGGGGCACGUCCGGUCUGGGUCUGGGGAACAACCGGACCUCCUCCCUGUCCCCUAAUACUCCUCUUCCUCAAUCCACUCCCAAGCCUCCCAGGUCCCGUAAUUACCUGGUGAUAGGGAAGAACCUACCGUACGGAGGUUUCUUAUCCAAGGUCUACAUGGAGGACUUGAGUAACUUCUCCUACGCAGAGAUCCACGGUAGCCACUUUGGGGUCUGUGGCCCAGACACCGUCUUCAGCCCCCAGUUCCUGGUGUGUGUCCACGGUGUGACCACCUUCCUGCUUCCCUUCUUAGGGCUGCUCUCCAUUUACCUGGACCUCCUGUGCACCAGGCGCAGACAGAUCCACUUCUAUCCAUCAGAACCAACCGAAGGCGACCUAUCUCUUGCCCAUUCCCUGGCUCUGUCCCUGGCUCUCCUGGUUCUGCUCUGUCUGCCCCUCCACACCACCCACCUACUGUGGCUCCUUCGUCCAGACACAAGGAGCCACACUUGGGCUUACCCUGUGGCAAAGUUCCUGUCCCAGUUGUACAGUCUUGUGCCUCCGCUGCUCUUCACUCCCGGUACCAAUGGAUGGGAGGUCCUCCGUUUCCUCUAGGUGUGUCGCAGGUAUCUGCAGUGGUGGGCCCUUCCAGAGGGAAGGCCCUGGGUAUGGCUCUGUGUGACACCAUGCAGAGGGCCCCCUGGUGCCAAGACACACACUCCCUGAAGGCCCCCAAACUGGGCCCAGAUGUCUGAGCUUGCGCCCGGCCCCUGGAAGUAUUGUGUCUCCGCUGCUCCACGCAAUAUGUUAUUCAUCAAUCGGGUGAACAUUUUAAUUAGGACUAAUUGUUGGGGUCUUCUAUUCUGUGUGCAUUAAAGCUGGAUCACAUAAGAAUAAAUCUGUAGACCAAAUAAAAUGUGCUUAUUAUAAUAUUCAGUUAACUUUUUGUGUCAACAACAAAUUUUUGAAAAAUGGCCUUUCUAUCCAACAUG